GCUUCUUGUUCUGCGCGACUUCCUCCCUACUCGAAAAAGCAAAUCAGCGUGAAGAGCUAUGGUGCGAUGGGCACCUAGACCGAGAUGCCCAAGCAUAAAGUACGCCCACCGGCGCUGCGACUUCUCUAGCCAUGAAUACUGUCCCGCCUUCGGUGUCCUUCAUCACAAUCCUCGACUUUCAGGUCUGCUCCAAAGAGGUCUGUCCGCUCGCUUUGCCUCUGAUCUCUUUGUGCUUACCUACCGGCAGUCAGUACACACGCCUCCUCUCAUUCAUAUCCAUGCAGGGUCGAUGGAAGCAUUUGACGGAAUCGGUUUCCGACCUACUAGUGCAGGCUGGGAGCCUGCUGAAUUGCGCGAUCGGCUCUUUUUCGACCUGGUACAUCCUGACGAGCUACAACGAGUCAAAGAGCUGCACAGCGAUGUUAUUCUUGCAGACAAAGCCGCUACUAUUGCCUAUGUCCGUCUCAAGCACAAAGACGCACACAAAGGAUAUAUCGUUUGCGCACUGGUUCGGCCAACUUGGUGUCCAUUACAUCCAAGACACCUGAUUCGCUGUCCAGGCUCAGACGGUGGUCACCGACCAGUUGAUCGGAAGGUGUGUGCCCGGACAUCAUUGUCCGUGCUCGAUGACUUACCGUAUAGCAGCGUGUCUUUCGCCCACCCAGGCGGCGAAGCUUUGCACAUCAACUCCACUGCGCAAGAGGUCGUGGUCAUCAGCACGGCAGCGUCCAAUUUCGAGUUUCAGCGGUGGCACGAAUCUUCUCCGCAUAGAAGUUCAUCGCCGAUCACAGCGUUGACUCCGCCUCCCGAGUUGCCUAUGUCCCAAUCGCCUCGAACAGCCUUCCUCCUCGACCGAUUCUCCACGAAUUGCACGAUCACACGAUACACGAACCAUCAGCUCGUCGACGCCGGCAGCGCAACAACGCGGCCGUUCUUCGACUUUGUCGCUCCCGAUGACGAGAUGGUCGUGCGCAGCUGGUUGUGCGUCGUCAAGCGAUGCGGGGUGAAUGAUCACGGCCAGCCCUCGAGUGGUGGAUUUAGCUACGGACGAUUCCUGUUUUUCCCCCGCGGGCGCCAGUCCUUGGCUAUAUGUAGAUCGGUCGCGAACGCGGCACAGCCGCUGCUGUGCGAAUGGCGGCGGAUGACUAUCCGGCCUCUGGAGAAUGGAGAGUUCCUCGUCGAUGCUAUCUUUUCGGCCCACUCGGAUGGCUUGGUGUGUAUUUUGCGACGAGCGACCGGGUGAAGCGUCAACCGUCAAGAAAGGUGUUAU